AUGGUGUCAUUCCUUAACCUCCUCACCCUCGCUCCGGCGAUCGUCUCCGCCGUCUCCGUCGGAAAGCCCGGCGGCUCCUUCGGCAACGACCUCGCCGAGAGGGACUCGACCUGCCGCUGCUUCCCCGGCGAAGACUGCUGGCCCACGGCCGCGGAGUGGGACGCCUUCAACUCGACCGUCGGCGGCCGCCUCGUCGCCACCGUCCCGAUCGGCGCCGUCUGCCACGACAGCUCCUUCGGCGCCUACGACGAGGCCAAGUGCACCGCGCUCAAGUCCGCCUGGGCCAGCUCCGAGACGCACAUCCAGACCUCGUCGUCCGUCAUGGCCGCCUUCUUCGCCAACCAGAGCUGCGACCCCUUCCUCCAGCCCUCGGACCGCUGCAUCAUCGGAACCUACGUCCAGUACGCCGUCAAGGCCGCCAGCGCCGCCGACUACAGCGCCACUAUCAAGUUCGCCCAGGAGAACAACAUCCGUCUGGUUAUCCGCAACACCGGCCACGACUACCUUGGCAAGUCCACCGGCGCGGGUGCUCUGGCGCUGUGGACUCACCACCUCAAGGACAUUAAGGUCCUUGACUACAAGUCUGCCGCUUACACCGGAAAGGCGGUCAAGGUCGGUGCCGGUGUGCAAGCCGGCGAGGCCCAGGCUGCUGCUCACGCCCAGGGACUCGUCGUCGUCGGCGGUAACAGCCCGACUGUUGGACUCGCGGGAGGCUACACCCAGGGUGGUGGCCACGGACCUUUGGUCUCCAAGUACGGUCUUGGUGCCGACCAGGUCCUGGAGUGGGAGGUUGUUACUUCUGGAGGCCAGACCAUCGUUGCGACUCCCACUGCCUACUCCGACCUCUACUGGGCUCUGUCCGGUGGCGGUGGUGGUGUCUACGCCGCUGUUCUGUCCAUGACUGUCAAGGCCUACCCUGACAUGAUCACCUCCUCCGCCAACCUCACUUUCACCAACACCGGUGUCACCGAUGAGGUCUUCUACGGCGCUGUCAAGAGCUACCUCAAGACUCUUCCCAGCAUUGUUGAUGCCGGCGCUGUCAGCAUCUGGCUCAUGAGCCCUGGUGUCUUCCUGAUGCAGCCCACCACUGCCCCUGGAUUGAAGAAGGAGGAGCUCCAGGCUCUGCUCCAGCCCACUCUUGAUGCCCUCGAUGCUGCUGGUAUUACUUAUGACUACCACAUCGGCCAGUACGCCACGUACCUGGACAGCUACAACGACAUGAACCCCGAGCCCGCCGUCACGGAGUUCAACGUCGGUGGCCGUCUCAUGCCCCGCACUCUUGUUGCCGAUGAUGCCUCCGCUACCGCUCUCGUCGACGGCCUUGCAUCCAUCCUCAGCGCCGGCGGUAUCGUCUCCGGUCUCACCAUCAACGUCGCCCGCCCCUCCGGUGCCAUUCCCAACGCCGUGAACCCCGACUGGCGUACGGCCCUCUUCUCCGCCGUCGUCGGAACUCCCUACGACCGCGCCGACUUCUCCACCCUCACCUCCGGCCAGACCACCGUCACCAACACCAUCAUCCCCAUCCUGGAGAAGCUCAACCCCGGCGGCGGCGCGUACCUCAACGAGGCCGACCGCAACGAGGCCGACUGGCAGAGCGUCUUCUACGGCGGCAACUACGCCAAGCUCAAGGCCAUCAAGAAGAUCUACGACCCUUGCAGCACUUUCUACGCCCUCACGGGUGUUGGCAGCGAUGACUGGACUGUCAAGAGCGAUGGUCGUCUUUGCAAGGCCGCGUAG